ACAGAAUCUGCCUUCAGGUCCAGGGAUUUCCUCUAAUAUGUUGGAUAAAGCCAAGACACUCCAGCCUGCCUAUGUCGGGAUUGUGCCGCUUGCAGAGACUGUGUCAAAGCAAGGGAAGAGCUGUUCAAGCACAUAUCAGGAUUCAUACCACAGCUUACGAGAAGUGCUGCAGUUGAAGCUCCAGCAGCGACGCACCCGGGAGGAGCUGGUGAGCCAAGGGAUCAUGCCGCCUCUGAAAAGUCCAGCUGCAUUUCAUGAACAGAGAAGGAGUUUGGAGCGGGCCAGGACAGAGGACUAUCUGAAACGGAAAAUCCGGUCCCGGCCAGAGAGAUCAGAGCUGGUUAGGAUGCACAUUCUGGAAGAGACCUCAGCUGAACCCUCCUUGCAAGCUAAGCAGCUGAAGCUAAAGAGAGCCAGACUGGCAGAUGACCUCAAUGAGAAGAUAGCGCAGAGGCCAGGUCCCAUGGAGCUGGUGGAGAAGAACAUCUUGCCUGUGGAAUCGAGCCUGAAGGAAGCCAUUAUAGUUGGACAGGUGAACUACCCAAAGGUUGCAGACAAUUCCUCCUUUGAUGAGGACAGCAGUGAUGCCCUCUCCCCAGAGCAGCCAGCCAGCCAUGAGUCUCAGGGGUCUGUCCCAUCGCCGAUGGACUCCCGGAUUUGUGAGCCUCUCCCUAGCACCACUGGCACAUCACUAGCUCAGGGUACAUCCCAAUUGCAGAUUAGCGCAGACUCCAGUGAAACACUUUUCCUACCUGAACAGCCACCCCCGCCUCUACCACCUCCGCCUCUUCUGCCUCCUAGUCUUACCAAUGGAGCGGCUCUUACUGCUGCCAAGCCCCCACCAACACUCAUUAAGCAAAGCCAGCCCAAGUCUGCUAGUGAGAAAUCUCAGCGCAGUAAAAAAGCCAAGGAGUUGAAGCCGAAAGUCAAGAAACUUAAAUAUCAUCAGUAUAUUCCCCCGGACCAAAAGCAGGACAAGGGAGCUCCUCCCAUGGAUUCAUCCUAUGCCAAAAUACUGCAGCAGCAGCAGCUCUUUCUCCAGCUUCAGAUCCUCAGCCAGCAGCAGCAGCAGCACUACAACUAUCAGACCAUCCUGCCAGCUCCACCAAAGCCUCCAGGAGAGCAGCAGAGUGGUGCCAGCGCCCCUGCUGUACGCAAUCUCUCUGCCACAGUCAGCAGCACAUCCUCAGUAUCCUCGGGUUCCAGUGGACUCAUGCGACAAAACAGUAAUGCUGCAGUGGGCAAGCCUGGCCCUCUCCCUGCCAACCUAGAUGAGAUGAAGGUAGCAGAGCUGAAGCAAGAGCUGAAGUUGAGGGCCUUACCUGUCUCGGGCACAAAGACGGGUCUGAUUGAGCGUCUCAGAGCUUAUCAAGAGCAGAACGGUGCAGCCAGCCAAACAACCCCCACUCCCAAGCCCAACACAGCAGCUGUUAUCCCAAAAGCUGCCGAAGUGGUGGUAGCCUUCCCAGCUGCCAGGCUGAGCACAGGGCCAGCCUUGGUCACCACUGGCAUUGCACCAGCAGAAGUAGUUGUGGCCACAGUCACCGGUGGUGGCGUGAUGAAGUUUGGCAGCACAGGCUCGACUCCUCCUGUCUCUCCAACUCCUUCUGAGCGCUCGCAAAUGAGCACAGGGGACGAGAACUCGGCCACCGGAGACACCUUUGGAGAGAUGGUGACUUCACCCCUGACCCAGCUCACCUUGCAGGCGUCUCCAGUGCAGUUCCUGGUGAAGGAAGAAAGCUCCAAGUCUGCCUCCUGCAGCAUAAAUGCGGCACCCAGGUCGGAGCGGUGCAGCACUGGUAACAGCAGAGAUGCAGAAGUUAGGGACAAGGACCAGAUGCUGCAGGAGAAGGACAAGCAGAUCGAGGAACUCACUCGCAUGCUGAAGCAGAAGCAGCAGCUGGUUGAGAUGCUUAGACUACAGCUAGAGCAGGAGAAGCGCUCUCAGCAGUCCCUACCGGCCCCAGUGGCUGCAGGAGAAGGAACAGCCGUUGCCUCCAACCCAGUAGCGUUAGGCACCCAGGUCAAAAGUGAAAACGGUUUCCUGAGCUGCCAGUUUGCAAAUCAAUCCAGUGGCCAAACAGACCAAUUCAGCCCUGCACCAACAGCUAGCCAAAUGGACACUUCGAAUCCAAGCCCAGUGCCAAAGAAAGCCGUGAUGGUGAAGCAGGAGGUGCCAGCCGCGGAAGCAGAGCCGCCGUGCCAGUCCCACAGCCCGCGGCUUUUCCUUGGCCAGCAAGGGAGCGCCCUGAGCGACCUCAUCAAGGGCACCCCUCCCCCCACCCUCAUCACCGACUCCACAGGGACCCACAUCGUCCUCACCGUGACCAAGCAGAGCACCGAGAGGCAGGGCCUCUCGCCCCAGGGGAAGGCAGGGAGUAGCUGCCCGGCCUUGCAGAGAGUACAAUCAUCACCCUCUAAAACUUCCAGCCAACCUCCGUGUCAGCUACCUGCAAGCACCCCUCAGCAGCCCACGCAGCAGCAGAAGCAGCAGCCCAUGCCGCAGCAGAAGCAGCAGCAGCAGCCCCUGCAGCAGCAGCCACCCAGAGGACUAAACCAAUCUGUCAGAAAGCCCUCAUCGCAGCCCGGCUCUCCUGCUGCCCCUUCCCCAUCCCAGAUGGACCUGGAGCAGCAAAAGCAUACAUCGCUUUUUGGAACUCCUCCACCUCCUCUCCCUGUUCCCUCGGUCCCCAUGAAAGAGCCACCAGGUUAUGAAGAGGCCAUGAAGCAACAGCCAAAGGCCCAGGAGAACGGCUGUUCCAGCCAGCAGAUGGACGACCUGUUUGACAUUCUCAUCGAAAGCGGAGAGAUUUCUGCUGACUUCAAGGAUCAGUCGUCCCCAGCUGGGAAAGAACCACCCGUGGCCCCAGCCUGCUCCCCACCGCCCAGCAGCCACCAAUCCUCAGAGCUGGCGGUGCCAGUGUCCUUGGGGCAGCCUGUGCCCGUGGGCCGGCUGGAGGACUUCCUGGAGAGCAGCACCGGCCUCCCACUGCUGACAGCAGGCCACGAUGGGCCGGAGCCCCUGUCCCUGAUUGAUGACCUCCACAGUGAGAUGCUGAGCAGCUCGGCCAUCCUGGACCACCCGCCUUCACCUAUGGACACCUCGGAAUUGCACUUUGCUCACGAGCCGUCCGGGGGCAUAGCCCUGGAUCUGGCUGAGGCUAACUUGGACAGCAUGGACUGGCUGGAGCUGCCAGGGGGGCCUGUCAUGAGCCUGGCUCCCCUUAGCACUGCGGCUCCCAGCCUCUUUUCCACAGACUUCCUUGAUGGACACGAUCUGCAGCUGCACUGGGAUUCUUGCUUGUAACUCUGUGAGCAGAGACUGAAGGGAAUGGGAGUGGGAGGGCACGGGCAUGUGGGGGGAAGAGGCCAGUCAACCAAAAAAAAAAGGAAAUGAGCUCCUAGUAUUUGUACUCCUCCCCCAAGAGUGUCCUUCCUGCACGAAGCCGGCAGUGGUGGCAAAGGCAAACACGCUGCUUGAGCAGGCAGCGGGCCAGGCCAGGGAGAACGGCUCCUGGGGGGAAGGAAGAGGCCACAGGAUCUCUGGGGCUGGUGGCCUCCUGCCCCCUCAGUGCAGCCUCACCCAGCUCAGGUGUGAGAAUGGAGCCAGCAGCCCCUCUUCCUCCCAGCAGGAGCCGCGAUGGCAGCGCGUGGGUCACGGUGCUGCCGGGCACGUGUUCCCUCACGCCUGGCAGCAGGAGAUAGCAUGACUGGGCCUGAGCCGGUUCCAGAAGCAGCACCCCACACUUUGCUGGGAUUGGCAAAUAAACGGGGUUGUGUUCCCCCCCCCAGCACCUUUGGUUUAACGGUUGCAGAAGGGGAUUCUACCUCUGGAGAAGGACACAAAGGCAGGAGCGCUGGCUGGGGGCCCGGAACAGCUGCCCUCUGCCCCCACCUGCCGUCUGUCGGGGAGGGUCUGGUCUGCCGCAGGGCUGGGAGGAGCUGGGCAGAACAGGCACCUUUUCCAAGCGUAGCCAAAGGGAACAAGGGUUCCCCACCAACCUGGUAACAUUUAAGCUGGUUUCCCAAAUAUUGCUGAGCUUGGCAGAGGGCAAGUUGCCUGCUUGCUUCACUCACUUUGGGCUGCAAAACAGAUUUUUAAGGUGCUAAAAAAUCCAGGUUCCUUUUCUGUUAAAAAUCUAUCCUUUGCUGCCCCACACCUCUGGCUGGGCCUAGAGUCUGGCCUUCAGGCACACCCCCUCUCGUCACCCCAGCAUCCCCAGCACCUGCGACACCCCCCCCUGGUGAGCAGGGCAGUCAGCCUUUUGGGCUGUCCUGGGGCGCGGGCGAGGGGCACAGCGAGCAACAAGCAACAUAUCAUUAGGGGCCACGUGCAAUCUGUCUCCUGCCGUCAGCUGUGCUGGUGCCUCCCUGCAGCAGGUGCCCCCGUGGAAAGAAGCAGCUGGGGCUGUCAGAGCUGACAGGCCAAGGGAGGGGAAGCCGCACUGCAAACCGGGCUGGGGGUGGCACAACGCAGGCCCUUGCUCGGUGGUGUGACCGUGAGGGCCCUGUUCUGGGGAGAAGGGGGAGCCUGAAAGCAAGCGAUGGGCAGUACCCGCAGCCCCUCCCCCCAGAGCCAUGGCAAUGCUGUUCCUUGUGCGGGGUUUUGCGUUGGAAACGCAGGCCUGUGGCUCACUCUCGUGUGCUGUUACUCCCAUCACACUUAAAUUCCUGUGUGUGUUAGUAGGAACUCGCCACCAUAUUUACCAGGUGAGACAUAGCCCAGCUGUGCCCCACGCGGCCGCCUCGCCGCACGGCCACCCCUGCUUCGGCCCUCGGCUGGGUCCGGGCUGCCAGGGCUGAGGGAGGCAGCGGCUUUGGAAACCAAACGGCCUGAAGUGCUGACCCUGCUGAGGCAAUGGCAGGAUGAACUGCCAUCCUGGUAACAGCUCCUCAAGGAUGCUGUUCCCCCUUUCCCAGUGCUGCCGCCUGGGGAGGGUGGGCACGUGCUGCUCCCCUGCCCCGUGGGUACCCGGCGCUCUUCUCAGGGGGAGGCCUCGCUGCGGGGCUGCGGGUACGGCAGGGCAGGGGAACGCCAGCCCCCACGGCGACAUGCUGGCAGCCGCUGAACUGGCAGCUGGGUGGGGUCACGCCCGUUCUGCAGCUGGGAGAAACUCCUGCUUUCCUGAGCCCUAUUUGCUUAACUGCACGGGGAGCCACUUUCUUCAUCAUUUGCGGGGGGAGCCUGCUGGCAGCUUCCUUCCUUUCUGCCCCCCCUCCCAGUUGUAAGCAGGUCAGAGCCUCUUAUCUGCCACCCUCAGUGUCCGGGUUGGAGAGGACACCCCCCCAUUCCCCACCCCCCCGCCUGCUUCCUGUUGCCCAAGCUACAGGGUCAUGUCCUAAAAAUCAGAGUAACUGGGACUGGUGGACGUUCCCUUCGCCUCCCUGAGCCCUCCCUCGCUUCCCUCCUGGUGCAGCCCUGCUCCAUUUUGGUGGUUGUGGCAGGCACGCUAGGAGCAGCUUUGGCUCCCCCCAGGGCAGCUGCCCAGCCGUGGGACCAGGUGGGCACAGGGGGCAAGAGGUUUCUUAGGAGGAAAGCAUGUGGGGGUUGGGAGGAUCUUUCAAAUGCUAAGGGAAAAAAAAGGUUGAGGCUGCCUGUUUGUUAAGCAAAAUCAGCUGCUUUUAACCCACAGUGAGCAGUAGCCCCCCCGCAACACACCCUCCAAACCAGCUGUGUGAUGUCUUUUGUACAAAUAAUUGCAAAGCUGCAACCAGUAAAUAAAGAAUGAAAUUAUCGAAGUGCAAUGAGCUCCUAGAGGAAGGUGGGAGCACUCCACCUGCAGUCCUGGCCUGCCCCAUCCCUGGUUCCUCACCCUGGGCCAGGCACCCCGGUCUUUGUUGGCAGAGAGCUGCCCAUCCCUGUUACUGAUGUAGCCCUUCCCCGGGGGCUGCUGGUGAAAGGCUGAGCUCACAGCUGCUCCCUUCCACCUUCAGUGGUGAAACUUCGUAGGAAUUUAAUUAACAUUGAAUUUGCCCAAUGUACUUGAAAUUGGCGGAUGGGCUCAAGAGCCCUCAGGGAGCCCAGACAAUACAGAACCACGAGCCUGUCACCUCCUGAGAGCCCAGCUAACCCUGAGCCCCUCUGCACAAGGGGCUUGGGCCAGGAGAGCGAGUGAGAACCCUGUGCCCGGGGACAGAGGGUGCCUCAUCCCAGGAAAUAUUAGAAAGUCAUUUCCCCAAGCAGUGCCCAGAGCAGGCUUGCCCAGAUCUCUGCUUUCUUACUAUUAUUUGUUUGAAUAAUAGUUCAAUAGUUCUUUGUCGGAAGAGGUAUUCCCCGGAUGUACAUUUUUGCACCCCUUGGGAAAAACAAAGUCUGAUGUUCUGCCUCUACCUUGAAUGUAAUCCUGAAUCUUUCUGCUGUAACCACUACUUGUUUGUAACGUGUAUUUGACUAGCACGCACUCUCCCUGCCACUAUGCAGCAAACGGCGAGGGCUGAUCAGCACCGUCUGAGACAGAUGGUGUUGGGGCAUCGGAUCCAGAGCGAGUAUUCAACUGGAAAAGGAUAAAAGUGACAAGUUAUCGGGGGAGAGAAUGGACCUUUAAAUUGAAUUAUUUUUUCAGUUACAAAUAUUUGAAAAAAAAAAAGUAUCCAUUUUAUUAAAAAAAUUUCAAACAGC